AUGACAGCACCGGAGAAAGACUGCCAGAAGUGCAGAUCUCGCCGUAUUAAAUGCGACAGGAAUUUUCCUACUUGCCUCAAGUGUGCGAGUAGAUCUCUUGAAUGCCCAGGCUAUUCUAGAAGGAUCAAGUUCAUCCUCGGAGCCUCCCAGAAGCGAGCGAAACCCGUCGCGAAGCCUCGGCAGGAUGGAUUACUGAAAAGGCCAGAUAUAGGCCAUGGCAAUCUGAUCCUUGAUAAAUCAGGUGGAAAAUCGAUUACCAAGAAACAUCGGCAUUCCAUAGCGUCGAUCAGCGUGAGCGAAAUAAGAUCGCCUUGUGUGUUUUACGCUGUGCUUGCCCUUGCGGCAGCAAACUUGCACGUCAGCUUUCAGUCGGACAGUCCCUACAAGUUAUUAUCUUUCAAGAUAUCGCAGACCUAUCGCCAAAAAACAGUGUUUCUCUUGACGCACCACCUGAGUCUCGCCCGUCGCUCCUACAAAGAAGAAACCAUGGAAGGGCAUUCUCAACGUUUCAGAGAGUCGCUUGCAGCAACAUUGCUUCUUUGGCAUCUCGAGAUGCAUUUCCCUUCAGAUUCAUUAUGGAAACUGCAUCUUAGAACAGCACAAGCUCUAACACACGGGUAUAGCCAAAAACAAGUUUCUCUCCAAGAGCCUGAUGCAUGCAAUGAUUUCCUCUUAUCGGAAUUUUAUUGCGCUACAAUUUGGCCACGUCUCACGUUGAGCAUCGACAUGGACGAGGAAAUCGUGAUACCACCGUUGAAUGACAAAACUGAUCCUUUUAUUGGAUUUGUUAAGCUGAUGCACCGAAUAAUCCUACUGACACCUUGGUCCGCAAAUGCUUCUUCUGCAGGUAAUCCGAAUAGACCAAUGGAUGUUGCCGAGUUAGAGAUUCAAGCCGCAUGUAUUAGACAAGAAAUACUUUCCAUGCUGGACAAGAGCAACUUGAGCCUGGCGAAAGAGAAGCUUGCGGACGUGGUGCAUGUGGUUGAUGCGUGGUUUUAUGCCAUUAUCAUAUUUGGUUACCGGGUCAUUGGUCCAUCGCAUGGAGAUGAAAAAGUCAUAGAAAGUGAUUGCGAGUGUCUUUUCGAGGCCCUUCAAUCGCUUUCUAGUCCUUUAUCUUUUGCCCAGAAUCAACCCUGGCCACUUUUUAUUGCCGGAACCGAGUGUGUGGGGAAUAAGGAUAGACAGAUGUGGGUAGAGUCUCGGUUUCAUGGCCUGAUCAAAUUGGUUUGUCCUUUGGAUAGGCCACGAAUGCUUGAGUUUUUGAAGGAAUGGUGGCUCAAAGCUCGUACUGGGUCCGCUCGGGCAGAUUGCUGGAUAAAAUUUAGGCAAGAAGCGAAGCUUAACAAAGAGUUUAUAAUUUGGUGA